UGCAAGUGUGUUUGACAUUUCGAACGAUACUUGACAGUCUUGACUUCUUGUCAGUUCUCAACUUCAGCGACUUCACUUCAGUCUCCUCCAACUGCCAAUGGUGUUCGUGCGCCUCACCGCGUCGUGGUUGUCGUGCUGCUAACAAAAAAUAGAUCGAUAAGCCAAUUACAAAUGACCAAAAACUAUAGUCAACGAGUGUUAUAAAAUGUUGUUUCGUUUUCCGAGGCGCACAUUCCUCAGGUUGUUUAGUUUUUAUCAUAUGUUCAGUUUAGUAUUAUGAUCGCGUCAUAGCGCACAGUUCAACAUUCAGAGAUCAGUCGAUAUAAUGCGGCCCGAAAGCGAGAACUAUUCGUCGAAAUCAUUAUGAUCCCUAUAGUGUAUACGGUGUAUGGAUUCGCGCUUUUCUUUAUUGUCGCGUGGAUUUGUUUGUGGCUAAUACAUAUUAUGGCGCUAUCGUACUGUAAAUGGAAACUUCACAGGACGGUGGACCGGUCGCCGCCCGAACAGCCUUACCCGGGCGUGUCGAUCUUGAAGCCGCUCACCGGUGUAGAUCCGAACCUUUUCUCGAAUCUAGAGACUUUCUUUUUACUCGACUAUCCGACGUACGAACUUUUGUUUUGUGUUGAGAACGAAAACGAUCCGGCUAUAAUGUUAGUGAACAGUCUCCUACAGAAGUAUCCUCAAGUGGAAGCUCGCUUGUUCGUCGGCGGACUGAAUGUCGGAGUGAACCCGAAGAUCAACAACAUGCAACAAGGAUAUAUCGCCGCCAAAUACCCUCUUAUCGUAAUAAGCGACGCUGGGAUCCGAAUGCGAGACGAUACCCUGCUGGACAUGGUGCAACACUUGAAAGAGAACGUCGCGAUCGUUCACCAGAUGCCCUUCGCGUAUGAUGCCGAAGGAUUUGCUGCUGUUUACGAGAAAGUAUACUUCGGAACGUCACAGGCGCGAAUGUACCUCGGAGCCGAUUUUCUCGGCAUCAAUUGUCACGUCGGCAUGUCGACCUUGAUCCGGCGUUGCGCUAUCGAGGAAGCAGGAGGACUUGCCGUGUUCGCGGACUAUCUCGCUGAAGAUUACUUUAUGGCAAAGGAAAUAGUAUCGCGAGGAUGGAAGAUGCGGGUGGCGUCGUUGCCGGCGCUGCAGAAUUCUGGGACUCGGUCUGUGGGCGCGCUGCAGGCCCGGCUCACACGGUGGGCACGGUUGCGCGUCGCCAUGGUGCCGGCCACUACUCUGCUGGAGCCACUCAGCGAGUGUAUGCCGUUGGGCGCAGGAGCCGCCUGGGCUGCAGGACAGCUCUUUGGAGCAGAGCCAUUGGCCUUUUUCCUAGUGCAUGUGUUAGUGUGGUUUCUCUCAGACUGGUUAAUGUUACGGUCGGUGCAGAAUGGUUCACCUCCCUUUACGAAAGUGCAAUUCUUACUGGGCUGGGUUUGGAACGAGUGUUGUGCACCUUUCGUACUUGCAGUGGCGUUGCUCAGUCCUGAAAUUUCAUGGAGGACUCGCAGUUAUCGCUUGGACUGGGGUGGCCGUGCCCGUGAACUCAGCUCCAAACUCAAAUUUUAAGCGACCCACCUCCAUUGCAUUGGAAAGCUUUAAUUUUUUGUCAGCCAGUGAUGGAUCUGUUGAGUUCUAAUCUGUCUCAACUCUGUAUGUGUUUAGUGUUAAGUUUUUUUUAUUGCAAUAUUGCAUUACUUUGAAACAAAAAGUUGAUAGUUGCUUUUGUUUUAGAAAGUGAUUUACAUUAAAGUUGUCAAUUUAAUUUAUUUUAGUAUUUGUUAUAGUGAUGUACAUUCUGUUUUUGGGUAACGUAGAUGCGUUGUGUCAAUGUUUUAGUUGAUUGAUUUGUUGUAAAUUGAGAAUGUUCUAUCUUUUAACUGUACAAAAUUUUUGAGUAUCUGUGAUGAUUCAAUUUACCUGGAGAUAAAACAUUGUGAAAAUCUAUAAAUUGUGAAAAUUUCAUGAAAAAAUAUUUCUUUAAGAUUACAUAAUUUGAAUAGAGUAUUACUAGAUCUAAACAAUUAUAUCUAUCUCUUUAUUUAUAAAAAAUAUUUAUUAUUUAUUUCUGUAUAGUUUAUUAAUAUUUAUUUAUUUACUGCAUAUUUAUUUAUUACAUAUAUCAAAGAAAAGUUUACCUACAAAAAUUGGUACUUGUCUGAGGAUUGACUUGCUAUAUUGAGUGUCUUACCUAUUGACCAUGUGUUAAAAUAUUGUUUAAGAGUACAAAACGGACUUGUCAACAUAGAAAAAAAAACAGGUAACUCACAGCUUGUGUUUAUAAUACAAUCUUCACAUAAUAAACUGCAUACAGUCUGAUGUAAUGACUGAUUUUAAA